AUAGGGUCUUGACGUUGCUGGGCUGGGUGCCCGCUGCUCGGAUCGUCCUCUCAUUGGAGAGAUGGCAAAUCCUGAGGUAGUGAUAAGUAGCUGCAGCUCUCACGAAGAGGAAAAUCGCUGCACUUUCAACCAGCACACUUCUCCAACCGAGCAACUUCUAUUAGAAGACCAGAUGAGGCGAAAACUCAAAUUUUUUUUCAUGAAUCCAUGUGAGAAGUUCUGGGCUCGAGGUAGAAAACCAUGGAAACUUGCUAUCCAAAUCCUAAAAAUUGCCAUGGUGACCAUCCAGCUGGUCCUUUUUGGACUCAGUAACCAGAUGGUGGUAGCUUUCAAGGAAGAAAACACAAUAGCCUUCAAGCACCUCUUCCUGAAAGGAUACAUGGACCGAAUGGAUGACACGUAUGCAGUGUACACACAAAGGGACGUAUAUGAUCAGAUCAUCUUUGCAGUAAACCAGUACUUGCAGCUCCGAAAUGUCUCAGUUGGAAAUCACGAUUAUGAGAACAAGGGUACCAGGCAGUCGGCUAUGGGAAUCUGCCAGCACUUCUAUAAGCAAGGGACCAUCUGUCCUGGAAAUGAUACCUUUGACAUUGAUCCAGAAAUUGAAACAGAAUGUUUCUAUGUGGAGCCUGAUGAACCUUUUCAUAUUGGAACCCUGGAAGAAAAUAAACUCAACUUAACAUUGGACUUCCACAGACUCCUGACAGUGGAGCUCCAGUUUAAACUGAAGGCCAUUAAUCUUCAGACAGUCCGUCAUCAGGAGCUCCCUGACUGUUACGACUUUACUCUGACUAUAACAUUUGACAACAAGGCUCAUAGUGGAAGAAUUAAAAUAAGCUUAGAUAAUGACAUUUCCAUCAGAGAAUGUAAAGACUGGCAUGUAUCUGGAUCAAUUCAGAAGAACACUCACUACAUGAUGAUCUUUGAUGCCUUUGUCAUUCUGACUUGCUUGUCUUCGCUGCUUCUCUGUGUUAGAUCUGUGAUUAGAGGACUUCAGCUUCAGCAGGAAUUUGUCAAUUUUUUCCUCCUCCACUACAAAAAGAAAGUUUCUGUUUCUGAACAAAUGGAAUUUGUCAAUGGAUGGUACAUUAUGAUUAUUAUUAGUGAUAUACUGACAAUCAUUGGGUCAGUUCUGAAAAUGGAAAUCCAAGCUAAGAGUCUCACAAGUUAUGAUAUCUGUAGCAUAUUUCUUGGGACCUCUACCAUGCUGGUGUGGCUUGGCGUCAUCCGGUACCUUGGUUUCUUUGAGAAGUACAAUCUCCUAAUUCUGACCCUUCAGGCAGCUCUGCCCAAUGUCAUCCGGUUCUGCUGCUGUGCUGCCAUGAUUUAUUUAGGCUACUGCUUCUGUGGAUGGAUUGUACUGGGGCCUUACCAUGACAAGUUCCGUUCUCUGAACAGAGUCUCUGAGUGUCUCUUCUCUCUAAUCAAUGGAGAUGAUAUGUUUGCAACAUUUGCAAAAAUGCAGCAGAAGAGUUACUUGGUCUGGCUGUUUAGUAGAAUUUACCUCUACUCGUUCAUCAGCCUCUUCAUAUACAUGAUAUUAAGCCUUUUCAUUGCACUGAUCACUGACACUUAUGAAACCAUUAAGCACUAUCAACAAAACGGCUUCCCAGAGACUGAACUUCGAAAGUUUAUUUCAGAGUGCAAAGAUCUGCCCAAUUCUGGAAAAUACAGAUUAGAAGAUGACUCUCCAGUAUCUCUAUUCUGCUGUUGUAAAAAGUAGAUGUCAGAUGUAUCUAUGCCCUAGAGAAAAAGGUAAUGGGUUGCUAAGUUGGGAAAUCACAUGGAUAUUUUGAGAUCAAGCAUAGGAUGACUUAAUACCACUAUUUUGAGGUACUGAAUAGCUAUAAUUCACCAAGAACUGUUUAUAUAUUUAAUGUCUAUACUUCUUCUAUUGGGUUUGCUUACUUUUAAAAAUUAUUUUUAAUGAAGGAAGCUAUUGGAUUACUGUUGUUUCUUGCAGCCAUUUAAACAUUUCCUUUUUUUGAGGUAUUGAGUCUUUAGCUUUUGUACUAGAUAAGUGCUUUACCUCUUGAGCUACAGCUCUAUUUUUUUGUUUGUUUAUUUUGUUUUGCUUUUAGUCUUUUAGUGCUUUUCAGUUUGGGCGUUCCCACACCCCCAGCUGGUCCCUGAGCCCAAUCUUCCUACCUUUGUGACUCUGAGUAGCUGUGAUUAUAAGUGUGUACCAACAUACUAGCUUAUCGUAGCUUUUGAAUAUGUUCUCUGUCCCUCUUUACUCAACUGUGUGGAUAAAAUAACUGUGGAUAAAAUAAUCUCUUGUCUUCAGGGAUUUUGGACAACUUAGUGUCUAUUUCUGAGAGAUUGGUUACAGCUACUGUAUAUCUAUCCACUAAUUACCACAUUUAAAAAUCUUCUCUUAAAGGACAGAGUGAGAAAGAAACAACUAUCACAGGCUAAUGGUAUAAUAGUUGGCUCUGAAGAACAUUUUUAUUUGAUUUUGCUUUUAGUUUUAGAAAGAACAAAAUAUUUUAAAGUAUACAUGCAUUUGUACAUAUACUUUCAACCUAGAUAUAAGAUUGAAAGUGUGUGAAUAUGUAAAUAAAAUUAAGAUGAAUAUAUAUUCAACAAAUAUAUAUUCAAUUAAAUAAUGACUAUUUUCUUAGUAGUCAGUGGUCUUGUGACAACUUCUGAUACCUUUCCUGAAUAUAUUCAUUCUCCCAGAAAGUGAUUUGGAAUCAGGAGUUGUGGUUUUAUAGAGUCAGGUUCUAUAACUCAUGCAAAAAUUAUUUUGGACAAUAAUUAUGCUCCAGAUUUAAAAACAACCAAGAGAUGUGUGCCUUAAGAUGUUCUCUACCACUUGGGGACCAGUGAUUGAUAAUUGCUAGGAUUGAUUUUAUUAAUUUUGUGUUUGUUUAUUUAAAUAGAAAUGAAUUUAGUGAUAUAUAGCUGUGUAAUAAAGGUUUUCUCAAAGUAA